CUCACAAGCUCACCGUCCUGCCUAGGCCACCGGCAGCAGAAAGGUGAUACACAGAAGAGCACGAGGGAAAUUGGGUGUUUUCCCCUGCGCCACUGGGUUGAUCAGCCAUGUCGGCGCUCUUUAGCAUGCCCGACCUCCUCACGGUCAUUUUGCUGUUGAUUUGCGUCUGCACGUACGUCAGGGGGUACCGAAAGGGAAUAUUUGAUGUCGAGGAUGGUUCACACAGUGGCCUGCGAGGGUUGUGCUGGAAAGCGGCCCGGGUGGGAGAGCGAUUAAGUCCUUAUGUCAGCGCGGCGCUGCUGGUCAUGGCGGGACGUGUCCUCAUGGACAGCUGAUGCUGCAACUCGACCGCAGCUGAAGAGAGACGCACGCGCGUGGAGCAGGAACAUGUAUCGUCUGUUGUGUAUGUAUCAGGCUCCAAUAGCACAAUGAAACAGGUCUGUUGCAAGUUUGAUGAAGAUUUCCAGUGGCGCGACUGUACCCGCGAGGCAGUGCGUGUGCAGCAGCAGAGCAGCCGUAAACGAGUAGGAGGGCGAGAGAACAAGGAAAUAAGCUGUGUGUGUCAAUGUCGAGUGGUGAAUCGAAUAACUUCUAGGGGUUGCGUGGCGGUGCAGUCAUCAGUGGGCUCUCCCGAAGAAGCUGGGCAGCAGCUCUUGCGCUUGUCUCUUUGUCGAUGUUGAAUGCCAGGGAUGGGUCGUUUUCGUGUUGAUUGCGAGCUAGCUCCUCAAAGCGAGCGGGAGUAGAAUGAUUCAUUCUGGACCAGACGCUAGUCUAUCGGCAGACAGAGUUUUUUUUUUUUUGUAGUCAAGACAGUCAAGGAGUAAGAUAAAAGGUGAAGUCAACAGGUUUGUCCAUGCUUUUGCGUCCUUCGGGAUAGCUUGCCACAACAUGGUUGCCAACUGUCAUCAUUCCCCAACUAAAAUCGGUCGAGGUGGAGAGGUUCCCCAUACCCCGCUCGGCCUUGGGCAAAGGGACGGCGUUUGGGGGUCGAGGUUUAGACUAGGCCUAAUGAAGGAAGGAAGGGAACGAAGGAAACCAAUGCAGCAU